GGAAGAGGGACUGCUCGGAAACAAACACAGGGAACCAAGCCCUCUUUCACUGUGCUUCAGAGCACAGGUGAGUUGCGCAGCAAACAAAAAGAGACAGUGCUGUAGGCCCUCAGAUCAAUCCUUCUUCAGGAAGCAGGAGAAGUUUGACAAAGCAAAGCCAGGAUGGCGUUAUCACUUACAAGGGGUGAAGGCGUGACGGUUUUGACCGUGACCUCUGACCCUAAAAGCCAAGUUCCCAUAGCGCUACAACUCCUGGUUUCCCUAUGCUGCAGCCCCGUGUGCUAUGUGUCCCAGGGACUGGGGCGGCUCUUGGCUGGCACCCAGAGAGCACUGGGGACUGUGCAGAUCAUGGUGGGUUUGUUCAACAUUGGCCUUGGGGUAAUCCUCCUGAAUGUAAACCACUCUGAUUUAUUCUGGAUUUGUGCCCCCUAUUGGCUAGGUGGAGUGUUCAUUGCUGUUGGUAUAAUAAGUAUACUAAGUGAAAGAUUUCCAAGUCCUUGUAUGGUGUUCCUGACAGCUUUUAUGAACCUGGCUAGUGCCUGCCUGGCAGUCACUGCAAUCGUGCUGUACUCAGUGGACCUGGCCAGUGUGCUGAGACUAGGUUAUCGCUGUGCACGGUUUGAGCCUGCCGCUAGUCGAUCGGACCGCUACGACCGCUACGACCGCUACGAGAGAACCACAUCAUCUCCUGAAAAACUCCUUGAACAAGAGCAGCUGAGAUGGGAAAACUUUGAACUUUGCCGGGACGUCCGCCACAUGCUUUUGGUAAUGCUGGGAGGAAUUGAGAUUCUGCUGAUCCUCAUUGCUGUUCUUCAGCUCUGCGUCACCAUCUCUGCUGCUGUUCUGGGCUUGAAGGCACUGUGUAAGAACAGAAGAGAGGGAAAGCCUGAGCAAGAUCCUGAACUCUACAAGCCUCUUGUGGAGGAGGACAACCCCACAGUUUAGAAAACAAUGACCACUGCAUAUCUGAUAUAAUUCCUAUUGCUUGUCAACUAUAACUCUUGGAUGAUUCACAUGGCUUGAAAUUAAUGUUUUCUAUUAGAUAUUGCCCUUUACAAUGCUUUAAAACUGAAUUUUCCAUAGUUUUAGGCCUUUUUAGGUCAAGAACUUGUCCAGUCUAGUCUUGAGACUUUUUAGGACUUUUAGUGCAGCUGAGAGGAAUUAAAUGAUGUUUCCAUGGUAUGACCAUAGAAGGAUGUUGUAAUGGUGUAACACAUUAAUGAAAGCUUGUUUAAUAGGUUGGCUAUUCUUUAAAAAAACAAACAUAUUUUUCUAUUCCUUCAUGUAGUGGGAUAUGAUGCAUUUAUUCAUUAAAAAUAAUUGCUGUCAA